CCAUUUUUCAUUUUCUUUCAUCUUCCAUGUUCUGUUCCUCAUCAAUUCGCUCUCUUCUCACAAGAAAUUUGUUCUUCAGCGUUCGAUCUUUAUCUUCUUCAUCUCUGCUUUCUAAUACCCGAUUUAACCACGAUUCCAAGCAGAUCCUUUUGCAUAUUACACAGUUUUCUUCUCUUACUCGUUUCGUUUCACCGAUCAAUUCACGUUCUUCGCUUAUCGCCUCGUUUUUUACUCGCUUCGAUCAUACUAUGGCCACCCCUUCCAAGACUUCAGUCCAUGACUUCACCGUCAAGGAUGCUAAAGGAAAAGAUGUUGACCUCAGCGCUUACAAAGGAAAGGUCCUUUUGAUUGUCAAUGUCGCUUCACAAUGUGGCUUGACUAAUUCGAAUUAUACUGAACUGAGUCAGCUGUAUGAAAAAUACAAGGGCCACGGAUUUGAGAUUCUUGCAUUUCCGUGCAACCAAUUUGGAAGCCAGGAACCAGGAUCCAACGAAGAGAUUGUGCAGUUUGCUUGCACCCGUUUCAAGGCUGAGUACCCCAUUUUUGACAAGGUCGAUGUGAAUGGAAACAAUGCUGCUCCUCUGUACAAAUUCUUGAAGUCAAGCAAAGGCGGGCUCUUUGGAGACGCCAUCAAGUGGAACUUCUCCAAGUUCUUGGUCGACAAAGAUGGAAACGUCGUCGAUCGUUAUGCCCCAACAACUUCCCCACUCAGCAUUGAGAAGGAUUUGAAGAAACUGCUGGGAGUUGCUUAAGAAUUUGAAGGGCUAUAUUUCUCUUGUUAUUUAGAAACAAACAAUGAAAUGAAUAAAAAGUUGAUGUGUAUGGUGGUCUGAUGAUGUUGUAUGCAUGUGAUUUCUGAAUGUCGUUCUAUUCCAUGUAUUUAUAAGACUGUAAGUUGAGAACUAUGUAAUAAGUUGGCGGAUCAGCUUUGAUGUAUCCCAAAUGUAUCUGUUUUUGUGCUCUAUUGGAAUUUCUGAGCAGACAGAUUAUGCAAGAAAAAUGCUGAUUUCCUUCAGUACUAUGGUUCUUAUUUAUUUUGUCUAA